AUGUUUUGCGAAGACGCUUGCCUCGGUACCAAUUGUGGGGUGGAAAAAAUACGAGCUCUCAGUGACUCUCUCAAUGCAGAUGUUGUUGAACAACUAAAUGAAUCCCAAGGACUGGUUCAAAUUACCGGCUUUCUAAAGGAAUCUAAUGAAUAUCAGUACAAAAAAUGUUUACAAGACAGAAUAUCUGACGUGGCAUCUUGGCGUUGGGUGUUAGAAGAUUUGUCCAAACGCUUAGCAGAUUCAAUUAACGCUUUAAAGUAUGAACACAAUGCCUUACGAGUCGUUGUCCAAAGAGUACAAGGUGAGAUAGACAACCAUUCUAGAGAAGGGACUAGGCCUGGGGCAAUAUGUCCUUUGACAGAUGCUGUUGAAAACUAUAUAACAGAGGAACUAAAAUUUCUUAAAGAACAGAAAAAGAAUUUUGAACGACUUAUUUUAGAGUUAGAAAAACAAACUAAGAGAAUUGAAAAAAUCAAGAACAGAGUUGAAGCAGAUGUAACGCAAAAAUCACAAGCUUUACACAUAGACGAGACGUGUGUUAAUAAAAAUUAUCAAGACGCUGUAGUCGAAGAAUUGAAAAAGAAAAGGGGAUUUCCAGUUGCAUGUUGGAUAAGACGAUGUGCAGCAUUGAAAAGAGCCGGCCUAAAAGCACUUUGUAAUGCUAUUACAACGAGGCAACAGAUUCGAGGAGCUCGAGUGCAAUUAUCCAUUUCGGCGCAAGCUUAUGCAGCAAGGGUUGAUGCAGCGUUACGAAGGCGUUUACACACAAAUAGGAUAAAAAUUCAAGACCUUAAAUGGCAGAGAGAAGAGGCAGUUCGAGAUUUUACAUGUUUAGAGGAAGAAUUGGCGAUGGCUGAGAAGACACUCAUUGAGACUUUGGAUCAAGAACGUAUUGCCGAAGCCAGAUUUGGGGAUCGCACUCACCGACCUAGUCAGGAGCUAAUCAAGGAUGAUGUUAACCGAAAAUUGCGAGAUGAACAAUCGCAGCUACGAAAAAUUCAAAAGCAAUUAAGAAAUAAUAUUAAGAGGAUCAUAACCUUGCAGAACAAUUUGAGUGAAGCAAUAACACAAAUUGAUUGUUAUGCAGAAGAUUUAGCCCAAGUUAUAAGCUUAGAUGAAGAUAGAAUUCGUAAUCGACAAGGUGAAGUGAGUAAACAGGAUUCCACCACAGAUGCUCAAGUUGAGCCCCAUAUAAAAAACGAAUUAACUGUCAUAAGGGAAGAAGAUGAAGAUGAUGAUUAUCCUAUAGACUAC